GAGAAGGCCAAUUCGGGGCACCCUGGCCUGCCCAUGGGAUGUGCCCCGAUGGGUCACAUAUUGUACGAUGAGGUCAUGAGGUAUAAUCCGAAGAACCCGUAUUGGUUCAACAGAGAUCGGUUUGUUUUGUCUGCCGGUCAUGGUUGCAUGUUGCAGUAUGCUCUGCUUCAUCUCGCUGGUUACGAUAGUGUCCAGGAAGAAGAUUUGAAGAAUUUCCGUCAGUGGGGAAGCAAAAGCCCAGGACAUCCUGAGAACUUUGAGACACCUGGUGUUGAAGUAACAACUGGCCCUCUUGGUCAGGGUAUUGCAAAUGCUGUGGGAUUGGCUCUUGCAGAGAAGCACUUGGCUGCUAGAUAUAAUAAACCUGACAUUGACAUCGUUGACCAUUACACAUAUGUUAUCCUGGGAGAUGGUUGUCAAAUGGAAGGAAUUUCAAAUGAAGUUUGUUCGCUUGCUGGACACUGGGGACUUGGGAAGCUUAUAGCUUUCUAUGAUGACAACCACAUUUCUAUUGAUGGUGAUACCGAUAUUGCCUUUACUGAGGAUGUAGAUAAGCGUUUUGAGGCCCUUGGGUGGCAUGUCAUCUGGGUGAAGAAUGGAAACACUGGUUAUGAUGACAUCCGUGCUGCCAUUAAGGAAGCAAAAGCCGUCAAAGACAAACCCACUUUGAUCAAGGUGACAACAACCAUUGGUUUUGGGUCUCCAAACAAGGCAAACUCAUACAGUGUACAUGGUAGUGCAUUGGGUGCCAAGGAAGUGGAUGCUACUAGGAAGAACCUUGGAUGGCCAUAUGAACCUCUACACGUGCCUGAGGAUGUCAAAAAGCACUGGAGUCGCCAUAUCCCUGAUGGUGCUGCUCUUGAAGCUGAAUGGAAUGCCAAGUUUGCUGAAUACAAGAAGAAGUACAAGGAGGAAGCUGCAGAGUUAACAUCAAUCAUCACAGGUGAACUACCUGCUGGGUGGGAUAAGGCACUACCGACAUACACUCCAGAAAGCCCAGCUGAGGCGACCAGAAAUCUGUCGCAGACAUGCCUUAAUGCCCUUGCAAAAGUACUCCCUGGUUUUCUCGGUGGAAGUGCGGACCUCGCUUCUUCCAACAUGACAAUUAUGAAAAUGUUCGGGGAUUUCCAGAAGGACACUCCAGAAGAGCGCAAUCUUAGGUUUGGUGUUAGGGAACAUGGGAUGGGAGCCAUAAGCAAUGGCAUUGCCCUUCACAGCCCUGGAAUGAUUCCAUACUGUGCUACUUUCUUUGUCUUCACUGACUACAUGAGGGCUGCCAUUAGAAUUUCUGCUUUGUCUGAAGCUGGAGUUAUUUAUGUUAUGACCCAUGAUUCCAUUGGUCUUGGAGAAGAUGGGCCAACUCACCAGCCAAUUGAACACUUGGCGAGCUUCCGUGCAAUGCCCAACAUUUUGAUGCUCCGUCCAGCUGAUGGAAAUGAAACUGCUGGUGCAUAUAAAGUCGCUAUCCUUAACCGGAAGAGACCUUCAAUCCUUGCCCUCUCUCGGCAGAAGCUGCCCCAUCUUCCUGGAUCUUGCAUUGAGGGAGUUGAAAAGGGUGGCUACAUUAUUUCAGAUAACUCAUCAGGCAACAAACCUGAUGUCAUUCUUAUUGGAACUGGUUCUGAGUUGGAAAUUGCUGCUAAAGCAGCUGAGGAGCUCAGAAAGGGAGGCAAGGGUGUUAGGGUUGUGUCACUUGUUUCCUGGGAGCUUUUUGAUGAGCAGUCAGAUGCCUACAAAGAAAGUGUCUUCCCCGCUGCUGUAUCAGCUAGGGUAAGCAUUGAGGCUGGAUCCACAUUUGGUUGGGAAAAGAUUGUUGGACCUAAAGGAAAGGCAAUUGGUAUUGACCGUUUUGGUGCAAGUGCACCAGCAGGCAGAAUAUACAAGGAGUUCGGUAUCACUGUAGAAGCUGUCAUUGCAGCAGCGAAAGAAGUUAGCUAGGCUCAGUAAUGGUUAAAAGUGUGCCUAUGAGAACUUGGGAUUUUGGGUGGGAGGAGAUUAGAGUGAAGAGGCCAUUCUCAAGAGAUUUGCUUCGUGACACAAUCUCUCUUGUUCUAAUAAGGAACAAAAUAAAUUUCAGUUUUGCUUGUAAUUUCGUCCGUGGCAAGGUAGAGCAGACGGGAGUGUAACAACUCUUGAACUUGUGCCAAGAGUUUGAAAUGUCUCUGGUUGUUUUAGAAUUCAACUAGCAUUUGUUUCAACAUAUUCUUUGUUUUUCCCCCAUUUUGUCUGACUUAUGCUGCCGUAGUUAGGGAUUGAACC